UUUAAUCGGAACGGACCCGUGUUGGGUGCGGUCGGACCUAUUGGAUUUUUGAAAAAUUUUUCUAAUCAGUCCUAGAGUGCUACAAUAUUUGUGAUAUUAGAUUUUUAAUGGAAAAUGUGAUUGUUUAAAACCGUUACGACCGGUGAAUUGUGAUAUUUUAGCGCUACUCAGCAAGUCGGAUGCAGUUAAUCCUAAAACUGAGGGCACACAUGCUACUUGACAAUACUUUCCAUUUGUUUGGUGCUCCUGGUCCAGCAUUUGGUUUCCACAGUAAAACACGGCAGCAGCAGUCAGCUGAUGUAUGGUACAAUGGCAGCUUCUGGAACUGGAACUAUGGAAUUUAUCGAUUCGGCGAUGGACAAGAUGGUUUAAUUGAACAUCCUGAAAGAUAACCUGCAGUUUACCGUGCAGAAAUUGGAAUCAGUAAAAACCUCCACACACACGGAGCGAGUUAAUAACACCUGAUAAAUUACUUCACUUCUUUACACCGCACAAGAGUGAGCAGCAAUGGAAGGAGGCAGCGGAAGCAGCAACUCGGAUCCUCGAUUCGAGUUUCUGGGGUCGUUCGUGCAGAAAACGCUAAAGCUGAAGCCGGAAAAAUGGCACCGUUUAGUCACGCUAGAGGAACACAAAGCAGUUUUGAAAGAAUUUUUCGAUACUCACUCAUCGCUAGUGUUAAUUAUUAUUCUAACCCCCUCGGCACAAUUGAUUCCAUUAGUGAGUUUUCCCAUUGCACAGUUAAAAAAUAAAGGGGUAUAUUUCGUAAAAAAGAACACAAUUGAUGUGCCCCGCGAGGGUUGCAAAGAUUGUCUCGUGGUAGGAGAUUUAGCGACUCGCACGAUCGAUCAGUUGUCGUGUCUCGUAGAUGAGAUCUUCGUUCCACUGCUAUCAAACCCAUACAACCACCAGGGGUGGCCAGAAAUGGUCGCACAGGACGUCCAGAAGCAGGUUCACAGCCUCAAGAGCACCGUCUAUCAAGUCCAGGGUCAAGUUAGUGGACAGACCGUUCUACCAAUGCCCGUCGGAGUUGAUAAAUGUGUGCAGACCGCAAAAGAGCUAGUGGUCAACGCGGAAUGUUCGAUCAAUCUCUACCUCAAGAGUGCGAUCGAAGGCGUCGUCAUAAAGUGGGCCACCCAGGUGAACGACGUGAUGCUUGAAAACAGUGCGAAUGCCUUCAAUGGGGGACAGAAUCCGGUGCCGUCUGUCGAAAUCAACUUCUGGAAUAAUCGGCUGAAGAAUCUCACCUACAUAUACGAGCAACUGCGACACGAGCGAAUUCGCAGUAUGGCAUUGAUUUUAGAGUUUACUGAUAGCGCAUAUUAUCCUUGUUUUAAGACACUAUUUAAAAACGUUGUAACAGCACUUGCUGAGGCACGCGAUAUUACAUUGUAUCUGAACCCACUGACACGACACUUUCAGCAGCUCGAGGACACCGAGUUCUCGGAGUGUAAGGUCCUGCUGAAACCAUUGAUGCACGUCGUUUGUCUAAUUUGGUCCAACUCACUCUACUAUUGUCACUCGGCAAAGCUAAUUGUUCUGCUGAGACAAAUUUGUAAUUUGAUUAUACAACAGGCGAAGCGUUUUCUCGAUCCGUCUUCCAUCUUCCACACCGACAUCGACGAGGCCAUGCAGCGCAUCUCGCUAUCGAUUCAAAUUCUCAAGUACUUCCGCACCGUGUACGACGAGUACAAGGACAACAUCGCUCCGUUCUUUAAAGACCGCCCUGUGGUUAACUGGACGUUCCAUCCGAACGCAGUGUUUGAGCGAUUCAACGCGUUCCUCGACCGGCUGUUCACCAUUCAGUGGUUCUUUAAUACGGUGAUCGAGUUUUUAAAGCUUGAGAAGGUUGAAAUCGGUGGCCUCAAGGGCCGCGCGCUGAGUGCCCGCAUCACCGGGGUUUCCGUCGAGUUCAACCAGUGCUUCUCGGUGUUUGCGUCCAAAACGUACGACGUGCUCGAUCCGGACGAUCCCACGUUCAAGGAGGACUUUCUCAAGUUCCAGGACCGUAUCCUGGAGCUGGACUUGAAGCUGGCGGCCAUCCUGUGCCAGGCGUUCGACGAUUGUCACAAUUUGGAGAGUGUUUUCAAGCUUAUCAGCAUUGUUGGAACGGUGCUGGAUCGCCCAAAGAUCCGCGAAGAAUUCACCGGCAAAUACCGGGCAAUACUGUACAUGAUCGACGAAGAGUUAAGCACCUGUGAGGAUAUUUACGACAUGCAGAUGGAAUAUUACCGCAAGGAUGGGCACAUCUUCGUUGAUCGGAGUGCUCCCCCGGUAACUGCCAGUCUUCGCUGGGUUUUACAGCUGACCAAUCGUAUCACCACACCGAUCAGGCAAUUCCAAACCUUACAACAUCCAGUGGUUCAAUCGAACGAAGGGCAAGCUCUGAUCGUUCGAUAUGACCUCUUGAUCGAAAGAUUGAAGGAAUUUGAGAAGUCAAUUUUCGAUUCGUGGUCUACGAUGGUAGAGCAAACUAUAGAGGAAAACCUGGAUAAGCCAUUAAUCGUAAGGAAACGCAACAGUGCCGAAUUGGUGUUGAACUUCAGCCCUCAACUGUUCGCGAUUUUAAGAGAAGUACAUUACCUACGUUUGAUGGAGAAAGAGAACAUCCCGGAGCGUGGGCUCGAAUUCUCCGAGAAGAGCGAUGUCUACAGAUCGUACACGUUGAACCUGGAAAAGACUGUUGAGUGGUAUAAUAAAAUUCGACGCAACUGUACCGAAGUGGAAUUGGAACUGAUUAAGGGAGAGAUUGAAGCUAUUGAUGAACUUCUCAAGCGGGCCGUCAAUGAGCUCACUUGGAAUUCAGAAGAUAUUUCCGAGUAUAUGAUGAAAAUACGUAGUCCAGUGGAGCAGUUACAGGGUCGAAUGCACAGCAUACAGAGUAAUUUGAAAGAAAUUCGAACCCUGAUGUCAUCUUGGGCUAAAUCACCAUUGUUUGAGAGGAAAGACUCGAAGAAGGAUACUGUUUUGUGCUUGGAUGAGCGGAACGACCGCAAGACAAAACGGUACGCCGAACUUGAGUCUGCAGCCACAAAGGUUCACCAAUUGCUCGAAAGUAAUAUGCAGCUGUUUGGAAUGGAGGAACGGCAGGAUGAUAAAAAUUGGAUUAAAUAUGUCAUCUAUGUCGACAACAUUGUGCAUGAAAAUUUGCUUUUCAUGAUUGGAAUAAGCAUGGGAUAUCUUGUUGAGAACAUGGAUUCCGGCAAUAACUUAGCACCACUUUUUGAAUCUAGACUAGAGCUGCUAGAGCCAGAGCUAGUGUUCGUUCCGUCACUGAAUCCUAGCGAUCCGAAUGGAUUUAACUUUCUACUAGCAGGUUUAGUAACCGAUAUAACCUAUAUGUCCUCGAUAAUACCGAGACUGCUAAAAACGGCCGAUGAAACUUAUGAACAGAAAAUUAUGCACAAUACCGACAUACAGGAAAUGAAGGUGGAGAUACUGCAGGGCGUAGAUAAGGUAAUGCAAGAAGCAGCACAGUUUUGUGGGGAUUUUGAGAGGUACAGCUACCUCUGGCUGGAGGACCGUGAGUACAGUAUGGAAAUAUUUUUGAAGUACGGUCGUCAAUUAGAGAUGGAUGAGUUGGAGUUGAUUGCUAAUAAGGAUCCUGAUUCCCCGCAGCCUUGUCCACCCACCAUAGAGGCUUUUCGCGAGCAAAUUGAUCACUACGAGUCAUUGUACCUGGAGAUAGAAAAAAUAGAACCACUCCAAAUCUUUACCGCGUGGUUCCAGGUAGAUGUUAGACCUUUCCGCCAAUCGCUGUUGAACAUAGUCAGAAAGUGGGGCAAUAUGUUUAAAGAUCACCUUGUCACUAAUGUCACCUAUAGUUUGACAGAUUUGAGCAAUUUUAUAAGGAAAGCGGACGAAGGUCUGCUGCAGGUUGUUAAGGAAGGUGACUACGAUGGUUUAGUAAGCAUCAUGGCAUAUCUGUUGCACGUAAAAGAACGCACCGCCACCACUGACGAAAUGUUUGCACCGAUGAAGGAAACCAUUGAGCUGCUAAAAUACUACGACAUGGACAUCCCCGAGGAGGUGAAUGUGUAUCUGCAGGAACUACCUGAACAGUGGGCCAAUACCAAAAAGAUUGCACUCACUGUUAAGCAGCAGGUUGCACCUCUGCAGGCGAACGAAGUCGUUGGCAUCCGUAACAAGAUCGCCGCAUUCGAUCUGCACAUUUCUCUGUUCCGGGAUAUUUUCCGAACCUACGAAUUCUUCAAGUACGAUUGUGCAGAACCCUACAAACUGCUAAAUCGCAUAAACGGGGACAUGAAUCGGUUGGAGCAGGACAUGUUCGAUAUCCAGGAAUCUGGAAGUCUUUUUGAGGUACCAGUUCCGGAGUUUAAACUGUUGAAGCAAUGUCGAAAGGAAUUAAAAAUGUUGAAGCAACUCUGGGACUACGUAUACAUCGUACGCACCAGCAUAGAGGACUGGAAGACCACUCCUUGGAGAAAAGUGGACGUCGAGAACAUGGAUAUUGAGUGUAAGAAGUUUGCCAAAGAUAUCCGUCUACUGGACAAGGAGAUGCGCUCGUGGGAUACCUACACGACCCUGGAGGCAACCGUCAAGAAUAUGCUAACUUCGCUCCGAGCCGUCGGUGAACUGCAAAAUCCCGCUAUCCGUGAGCGCCACUGGAACCAGUUGAUGUCUUCGACGAAGAGUCUAGCUAAUCUGCCGCCAGAAAUUACAGUUCAAUUCAUAAUGGACAAAAACACCACCCUCUCGGAUCUGCUCGCGCUGAACCUACAUGAGUGCGAGGAAGAGGUCAAGAACAUCGUCGACAAAGCCGUGAAGGAAAUGUCCAUGGAGAAAAUUCUUCGCGAUCUCAACACUACCUGGUCAUCGAUGGAGUUCGAGCAUGAAAUCCACCCCCGUACCGGUUGCUCUCUGCUGAAGGCCUCCGAGGAACUCAUCGAAACGCUAGAGGAGAACCAAGUCGUGUUGCAGAAUCUGAUGACCUCCAAGUUUGUGGCGCACUUCCUCGAGGAGGUAUCUUCCUGGCAGAAGAAGCUCACCACCGCAGAUCAGGUGAUAACGGUCUGGUUCGAAGUCCAACGCACCUGGACCCAUCUUGAGUCUAUUUUUAUGAGCUCUGAAGACAUUCGCAAGCAACUUCCCGUCGAUUCGGCACGCUUCGAUCACAUCGACGAGGUUUUCAAGGUGAUGAUGGAAGAAAUGUCCAAAACAUCAAAUGUCAUCCAUGCAACCAACCGGGAUGGACUGUGCGAGAAGUUGGACGAACUUCAAAGCCAACUAACGCUGUGUGAGAAGGCGCUGGCGGAAUAUUUGGAAACGAAGCGACUAUACUUCCCAAGAUUCUAUUUUGUGUCGUCCGCCGAUUUGCUGGACAUCCUGAGCAAUGGAAACAGACCCGAAGUGGUAUGCAAGCAUCUGACCAAGCUGUUCGAUUCAAUAGCGAAGCUGAAAUUCCGCGCAGAAGACGACGGCACAUGCAAACUCGCGCUCGGAAUGAUCGCCAAGGAUACCGAAUAUGUCAAGUUCUUUGACUCGUGUAAUUGUACCGGAGCUGUUGAAGUGUGGCUUAACCAAGUCCAGAACGCGAUGAGGUCAUCAUUACGUAGCUAUAUAGCCGAAGCGGUGGUAGCAUACGAGGAGAAGCAGCGUGAACACUGGUUGUUUGACUACCCGGCCCAGGUAUCGCUUUGUGGUACUCAAAUCUGGUGGACCACUGAGGUAGACAUCGCAUUCAAUCGGCUAGAAGAAGGCUAUGAUAAUGCUAUCAAAGAUUACUACAAGAAACAAAUUUCACAACUGAGUACAUUGAUUACGCUUUUGCUUGGCGAACUCACGAAAGGUGAUCGUCAGAAGAUCAUGACGAUCUGUACGAUUGACGUUCACUCGCGAGAUGUCGUCAGUAAGCUAAUCCAAUCCAAGGUAGAAAGUGCGUCCGCUUUUCAGUGGCAGUCCCAGCUGCGUCAUCGUUGGGAUGAUCACGAAAAGGAUUGCUUCGCUAACAUUUGUGAUGCUGAAUUCCGCUACUGUCACGAGUAUCUAGGUAACACACCACGUCUCGUGAUUACUCCACUGACCGAUCGCUGUUAUAUCACCCUGACCCAAUCGCUUCAUCUUGUCAUGGGAGGAGGUCCAGCAGGUCCCGCGGGUACAGGCAAAACCGAAACGACCAAGGAUUUGGGUCGCGCAUUGGGCAUAAUGGUGUACGUAUUCAACUGCUCCGAACAGAUGGACUACAAGUCAUGUGGCAACAUCUACAAAGGUUUGGCUCAAACUGGUGCCUGGGGAUGUUUCGAUGAGUUCAAUCGAAUCUCGGUGGAGGUUUUAUCCGUCGUUGCUGUCCAGGUCAAAUCUGUUCAAGACGCUAUUCGUGACAAAAAGGACAAAUUCAAUUUCAUGGGCGAAAUCAUUGCUUGUGUCCCAACGGUUGGUAUUUUUAUUACGAUGAAUCCAGGUUACGCAGGUCGUACCGAAUUGCCAGAGAAUUUGAAGGCCUUAUUCAGACCAUGCGCUAUGGUUGUUCCCGAUUUCGAACUGAUUUGUGAGAUUAUGUUGGUAGCUGAAGGGUUCCAGGAUGCGAGAGUUCUUGCUCGCAAAUUUAUCACACUUUAUACUUUGUGCAAGGAGUUGCUAUCCAAGCAAGACCAUUACGAUUGGGGUCUGCGUGCUAUCAAGUCGGUUUUGGUAGUCGCCGGUUCACUCAAGCGCGGUGAUCCAGGGCGACCUGAGGAAGAAGUUCUCAUGCGGGCUCUCCGAGAUUUCAACAUCCCCAAAAUUGUGACCGACGAUAUGCCCGUGUUCAUGGGCUUAAUUGGAGAUUUGUUCCCCGCUCUUGACGUACCAAGGAAGAGAGAUAUGGAGUUUGAGAAGACCGUUAAACAGGCCACGCUAGAUCUUGCCCUACAACCUGAGGAUAAUUUCAUUUUGAAAGUUGUCCAAUUGGAGGAAUUGCUGGAGGUGCGACAUUCUGUAUUCAUUGUAGGAAAUGCCGGAACUGGCAAGACCCAAGUUUGGAAAACCCUAUAUAAAACCUAUCAGAACAACAAGAAGAAACCAGUCUUCAAUGAUCUCAACCCUAAGGCAGUAACCAACGAUGAACUAUUCGGAAUAAUUAAUCCAGCUACAAGAGAGUGGAAGGACGGUCUCUUCUCGGUUAUCAUGCGGGAGCAGGCUAGUUUAUCUGGUGAUAAUCCGAAAUGGAUAAUCUUAGACGGUGACAUUGAUCCUAUGUGGAUCGAAAGCUUGAACACGGUGAUGGACGACAACAAGGUGCUAACCCUGGCAUCCAAUGAGCGCAUUGCUCUCACACCGUUAAUGCGGUUGAUUUUUGAGAUCUCCAAUCUACGUACCGCUACACCUGCUACCGUCUCCCGGGCUGGUAUUCUGUACAUAAAUCCACAAGAUUUGGGAUGGAAUCCGUAUGUCACGAGCUGGAUCGAGACGCGUACGAUCCCUGCCGAAAAGUCUAACCUUGUGAUACUGUUCGACAAAUACAUCCCAGCUUGUCUGGACAACAUCCGCACGCGAUUCAAGAAGAUAACCCCAAUCGCCGAGAUGGCACACAUCCAGAUGCUGUGUCACUUAUUGGAGUGUCUCUUGAUCCCAAUCAAUACUCCCGCAGAUUGUCCGAAGGAGUGGCAUGAUUUAUAUUUUGUGUUUUCAUGCGUUUGGGCAUUCGGAUCAGCCAUGUUCCAAGACGCAGCCAUCGAUUACCGCAUCGAAUUUAGCAAGUGGUGGGUUAAUGAGUUCAAAACCGUUAAGUUCCCACCCACUGGUACGGUGUUUGACUAUUUCAUUGAUAUGGAAACAAAGCAGUGGACUCCUUGGACGGAGAUCCUACCGAAAUUCGAGAUGGACUGCGACCAACCAUUGCAGUCCGUACUCGUGCACACCUCGGAAUCCAUUCGAUUGAGAUUUUUCCUGGACUUACUGAUGGAUCGAUCGCACCCGGUGAUGCUGGUUGGCAUCGCGGGAUGCGGAAAAACAGUCGUUGUGAACGAAAAAUUAGCGAACUUGUCCGAAAACUUCGCUGUUGCAAACAUUCCCUUCAAUUUCUAUACCACUUCUGAGAUGCUUCAAAAAGUUAUGGAGAAACCAUUGGAAAAGAAAGCGGGUCGUAACUACGGUCCUCCCGGGAGCAAAACUUUAAUCUACUUCAUUGACGAUAUGAAUAUGCCCGAAGUGGACAGCUACGGAACGGUUCAACCACACACACUAAUUCGGCAGCAUCUGGACUACACCCAUUGGUACGAUCGGAACAAAUUGACCCUAAAAGACAUUCACAACUGUCAGUACGUGUCUUGUAUGAAUCCCACUUCGGGCAGCUUCACCAUCAACCCCAGACUUCAACGGCAUUUUUGCGUGUUCGCCGUUAGCUUUCCCGGUUCUGAGGCUGUUACCACCAUCUAUCAUUCGAUUCUUCUUCAGCACUUUGCGAAUGCGGAACAGAAGUUCAACAUAGCGGUAACCAAGAUAUCGCAAAAUAUUGUCGCGGCCAGUUUGGCUCUGCACUCUAAAGUGGCACAAGUGUUUCUACCGACGGCCAUCAAGUUCCACUACGUUUUCAAUCUUCGCGAUCUAACCAAUGUGUUUCAGGGACUCCUGUUCAGCACCAACGACUGCUUGAGUACAUCCAGCGAUUUCAUCCGCCUGUGGCUCCAUGAGACGCAACGGGUCUAUGGGGACAAACUGCUGGACGACAAGGACAUCGACAGCUUCACCAAAAUGCAGAACGACCUGGUGAAGAAGUCGUUCGAAGAGAUAGACGAGUCUAUUGUGUUUGACAAACCGAACAUUUACUGUCAUUUUGCUGGAGGUAUCGGCGAGCCGAAGUAUAUGCCGAUAACUGAUUGGGGCAUUCUGACUAAACUACUGCAGGAAGCGAUGAUGUCCUACAAUGAUCUGAUUGCAGCGAUGAACCUGGUGCUCUUCGAGGAUGCCAUGAUGCAUGUUUGCAGAAUCAACCGAAUUCUGGAAUCUCCGCGUGGAAGUGCCCUUUUAGUAGGGGUCGGUGGCAGUGGUAAACAAUCGUUGAGCCGUCUGGCGGCAUUCAUCUCAAGUUUGGAAGUGGCACAAAUACAACUGAAGAAAGGAUACAGCGUUGCUGAUCUGAAGAACGAACUCUCCGGUUUGUACCUGAAGGCGGGAAUGAAGAACGUGGGUAUAAUGUUCCUGAUGACCGACGCCCAAGUAUCCAACGAGAGCUUCCUCGUUAUCAUCAAUGAUCUGUUGUCAUCUGGUGAAAUUCCGGACCUCUUCCCCGACGAUGAAGUUGAAAACAUCAUAUCGGGAGUGCGGAACGAAGUUAAGGGAGCCGGUUUAGUCGAUACCCGGGAGAACUGCUGGAAGUUCUUCAUCGAUCGGGUACGCAGACAGCUUAAAGUGGUGCUCUGUUUCUCGCCGGUUGGCGCAACACUUCGUGUUCGUUCACGCAAGUUCCCAGCCAUCAUCACUUGUACCCAGAUCAAUUGGUUCCACGAGUGGCCCCAAGAAGCACUGAUGUCCGUAUCAAUGCGAUUCCUGCAAGAGUUGACCAUUCUACCCAGCGAGUGUAGAGACUCGAUUGCACGGUUCAUGGCUUACGUUCACACCUCUGUGAACUCCAUGUCCAAGGUGUACCUACAGAACGAACGUCGGUACAAUUAUACGACCCCCAAAUCCUAUCUCGAACAGAUCAGUUUGUACGAUAAGUUGUUGAAAGAAAAGCAUGGUGAUCUGCGUAAAAAAGUUGAACGUCUGGAGAACGGUUUGGAAAAACUUCGAACAACUGCCGAUCAGGUUGCUACACUUAAGCAGAAGUUGGCUGUUCAAGAAAUUGAACUCAAAGAAAAAAAUGACGCAGCCGAUGCACUUAUCGAGAUGGUCGGUGUGGAAACGGAAAAGGUUCAAACCGAAAAGGCAAUCGCCGACGAGGAGGAGCAAAAGGUCGCCGUUAUUGCCCAAGAAGUCGCUAAGAAGCAACGCGACUGUGAGGAGGAUCUUGUAAAAGCGGAACCAGCUCUGAUUGCGGCCCAGGAAGCUUUGAACACCCUCAACAAGGCCAAUCUCACUGAGUUGAAGUCGUUCGGUUCGCCUCCUGGUACCGUGACGAACGUGACGGCUGCCGUCAUGGUUCUCCUAGCACCGAAUGGAAAGAUCCCAAAAGAUCGCAGCUGGAAGGCGGCCAAGAUUACAAUGGCUAAAGUGGACACCUUUCUUGAUAUGCUCGUCAAUUACGAUAAAGAACAUAUUCACCCUGAGAUUAUAAAAGCAAUUCAACCUUAUCUGAAAGAUACCGAGUUCGAUCCAGACUUCGUGCGUUCGAAGUCAGCCGCAGCAGCCGGUCUGUGUGCUUGGGUCAUUAACAUCAUCAAAUUCUACGACGUGUAUUGCGAUGUCGAGCCUAAAAGACGUGCAUUAGCUGCAGCUAAUGCUGAGCUUACCGCUUCGCAGGAGAAACUGGCUAACAUCAAAAAGAAAGUCUGCUCACUCGAGGAACAACUAGCCAGGCUUACGGCAGAUUUCGAGAAAGCCACGGCCGACAAAUUAAGAUGUCAACAAGAAGCGGAUGCCACACAGGCAACAAUCCAGCUUGCCAACCGAUUAGUUGGUGGGUUAGCCAGUGAGAAUGUUCGCUGGGCUGAAGCAGUCGCAGAAUUCAUGCAACAGGCUACAACACUCCCAGGAGAUAUUCUUCUGAUUACGGCCUUCAUUUCCUACGUGGGAUGUUUCACCAAACAGUUCCGCAUGGACCUGCUGAACAAAAUGUGGCUCCCAUUCCUACGGGCGCUAGAACCAGCCAUUCCCAUUACGGACAGCCUUGAUCCAUUAAGAUUACUGACCGAUGAUACCCAGAUCGCUACAUGGCAGAACGAAGGUUUGCCAAGUGAUCGGAUGUCUAUCGAAAAUGCUACGAUUCUUUCCAACUCCGAUCGCUGGCCGUUGAUGAUCGACCCGCAGCUCCAGGGUAUCAAAUGGAUCAAGCAAAAGUAUGGAGACAGUCUCAAAAUCAUUCGCCUCGGAACUAAGGGCUACCUGGAGGUACUCGAGAAAGCUCUGGCGAAAGGUGCCACCGUAUUGAUUGAGAACAUCGGUGAGAACGUGGACCCGGUGCUAGACCCAUUGUUGGGAAGGUAUCUCAUCAAAAAGGGAAAAGCUAUCAAGAUAGGCGACAAAGAGGUGGAGUACAACCAUAAUUUCAGAUUGAUUCUACACACAAAGUUGGCAAAUCCGCACUACAAACCUGAAAUGCAAGCACAAACAACACUCAUCAACUUUACCGUCACAAGAGACGGACUCGAAGACCAGCUACUGGCCGAGGUCGUGAAAGCUGAACGUCCGGAUCUUGAGGAGUUGAAAGCAGAUCUUACCAAACAGCAGAACGAUUUCAAAAUUAUGCUGAAACGAUUGGAGGAUGAUCUUCUAUCGCGUCUUUCCUCAGCCGGUGGUAACAUCUUGGGAGACACAGCCCUGGUUGAGAACCUUGAAACUACCAAGAAGACAGCCGCUGAGAUAGAGGAAAAGGUCACCGAGGCAAAAGUUACCUCACAAGAGAUCGACGAAGCCCGUGAACAUUAUCGACCAGCCGCAGCCCGUGCCAGUUUGCUGUACUUCAUCCUGAACGAUCUAAAUACGAUCAAUCCGAUUUAUCAAUUUUCACUGAAAGCAUUCAGUGUGGUGUUUCAAAAAGCCAUCUCGAAAGCCGAUCCAGCGGAGACGGUUCCCGCGAGGGUUCACAAUUUGAUUGAUUGUAUCUCUUUUUCCGUUUUUCAGUACACCACUCGAGGUCUGUUCGAGUGUGACAAGCUUAUUUUCAUGUCCCAAAUGACAUUCCAGAUUCUUCUAAUCAGCGAGGAGAUUACAAGCGCCGAGCUAGAUUUUCUCCUUCGUUUCCCCAUCAAACCCCAUGUAACAUCACCGGUUGAUUUCCUAACCAAUUUAGCUUGGGGUGGCAUCUGCAGCUUGGCUUCGAAAGACGAAUUUCGCAACCUGGAUCGAGAUAUUGAGACAUCCUCGAAGCGCUGGAAGAAGUUGAUUGAAUCGGAAUGUCCGGAAAAGGAGAAGUUUCCACAAGAGUGGAAAAAUAAAACGGCGCUACAGAGGCUCUGCAUGAUGCGGGCGUUGAGACCCGACAGAAUGACCUAUGCAAUGACGGACUUCAUUGAGGAAAAACUUGGCGCAAAAUACGUUGAGAACCGCACUAUGGAAUUUGCGAAAUCAUUUGAAGAGGCCAGUCCAUCAACGCCAAUCUUUUUCAUCCUCUCACCUGGUGUCAAUCCGCUGAAGGACGUGGAAGCGCUAGGCAAACAGUUGGGCUUCUCCUCAGAUAAUGGCAAUUUUUAUAACGUGUCAUUGGGUCAGGGACAGGAAGUGGUUGCGGAGUCAGCCAUGGACAAAGCCGCCACAUCGGGACACUGGGUUGUCCUGCAAAACAUCCAUCUGGUGAAAAAAUGGCUACCAUCGCUAGAGAAAAAACUGGAAUACUACUCCGAAGGAUCCCAUGACAACUAUCGCGUGUUCAUGAGUGCCGAGCCAGCCGCUACAGCGGCGGCUCACAUCAUCCCACAAGGCAUUCUAGAAUCAUCAAUUAAAAUAACUAACGAACCACCCACCGGGAUGCAGGCAAACAUUCACAAGGCUUUGGAUAAUUUCACCCAGGAAACGCUGGAGAUGUGUGGCAAGGAAGCAGAGUUCAAAGUGAUUCUCUUCUCACUCUGUUACUUCCACGCAGUCGUUGCCGAAAGACGCAAAUUUGGACCGCAAGGCUGGAACAAAAUAUACCCUUUCAACGUGGGUGAUCUGAAUAUAUCCGUUUCCGUUCUGUACAACUAUUUGGAGGCGAACACUAAAGUACCAUGGGAGGAUCUUCGCUAUCUGUUCGGUGAGAUCAUGUACGGUGGUCACAUCACCGACGACUGGGACCGUAGGACAUGUAUCACAUACUUGGAAGAGCUCAUGCAACCUGAUCUAGUAGAUGGUGAACUAUUCCUCGCUCCAGGAUUCGCCGCUCCCCCGAAUACUGACUAUGCUGGCUAUCACGCCUACAUAGACGAUGCAAUGCCUCCAGAAUCUCCAUAUCUGUAUGGCUUACAUCCAAACGCGGAGAUUGGUUUUCUGACCACAACCUCUGAAAAUCUGUUCCGCAUCGUGUUCGAAAUGCAACCCCGCGAUGCCGGAGCCGGGUCCGGAACGACGGUAACACGCGAAGAUAAAGUGAAACAGGUUCUGGACGAGAUAAUGGAGAAAUUACCGGAGGAAUUCAAUAUGGCAGAGAUCAUGGGAAAGGUAGAGGAACGCACGCCGUACGUGGUCGUAGCGUUCCAAGAGUGCGAACGAAUGAACUACCUGACCGGAGAAAUGAAGCGGAGUCUGAAGGAAUUGGAUCUCGGUAUGAAGGGCGAGCUGACGAUUACCUCCGAUAUGGAAGAGUUGGAAAAUUCCCUGUUCCUGGAUCAAGUCCCCUUGAUUUGGUCCUCGCGAGCUUACCCAUCGUUACUCGGUUUAACUGCAUGGUUCGUCGAUCUGCUGCUGCGGUUGCGCGAGUUGGAGACAUGGUCGGCUGAUUUCGUCCUCCCAACUUCCGUUUGGCUCGCCGGAUUCUUCAACCCCCAGUCAUUGUUGACCGCGAUUAUGCAGUCUACGGCGAGGAAGAACGAACUCCCGCUCGACAAAAUGUGCCUGCACUGUGACGUGACCAAGAAGCAGAAGGAUGACUUCACAGCUGGUCCAAGAGAAGGAGCUUAUGUGCAUGGAAUCUUUAUGGAAGGCGCCCGCUGGGAUGUCCAGCAAGGAAUUAUUAUGGAAUCAAAGCUCAAAGAACUAUAUCCACAAAUGCCUGUUAUCAACAUAAGAGCUCUCACACAAGAUAAACAGGAUUUACGCAACAUGUACGAAUGUCCCGUGUACAAAACAAAAACCCGUGGUCCAACUUACAUUUGGACAUUCAAUUUGAAAACCAAGGACAAACCGGCCAAAUGGACACUAGCCGGCGUUGCACUACUGUUACAAGUUUAAAAUUUCAAAUUUCAAUAUAAUAUUACUGUUCUAUUAAUCUACAUAUAUCUAUCUAUCAAGUGUUAUGUUUGAAAUAUCUUUAAUAUCUAAGAAAUGCACAAAUAUGUAAUCUGUUAUAGAAUCAUUCAAACGAAAGUACAAAGUAUAGCUUUAUAGUUAUCAUCAUUGUAACAUUUAGAAAAUAUAAACGCACUCAUCCCCAUCGCAA